GUUUUUGUUCUUUUAUCAGAUGGCCACGAUGAAGAAGAGCCUGCGUCUGUUUAACGGAUUUCCUUUCGAUGCCGACAGCGAGCUGUACGCCAAGAAGAGAGAAAAACUCCUCAAGAAUUCACAUUUUACAAACACCAAACUGAAGGUGGUCUGUGGCGUUUUGGACCUGGAGAAGAAAGGAACGCACGCCGAUCUGGUGGACAGGAUCAUGACUUUUCUCAUCGCACCGAAGAACAGCGGGAAGCGUCUGCCCGUGAAGAAAAAGAGGAAAUCAAAGAAGAAACUUUCCGGCGACGACUCCAACACCAGCGCCAAGAAGAAGAGCAAACCCAAACCCCGCAGCUCGUCGUCCAGUCCCAAGAAGUCCAAAACAGGAAGCAAGUCCAAAGCCAUCGUCAUGGACUCGAGCAGUGACGAGGAUGACGAGGAGGAAGAGGAGGAGAAGGCGGGCGCUUCAGCCGAGGCCGAGGGAUCGGACGCUGAAGACAAACCGUCGGGUAAAGAGGAGGAGAGGUCUGACAAGUCGGAGGAGUCUGCUGACGAAGAGGAAGAAGAGGAUGAGGAGGAGGAAGACGACGAUGACGAUGAUGAUGAUGAUGAGUCUCCCAAAUCAAAGUCGAGCCGAGGGAAAUCGGCUCCAAAGAAAUCGGCUCCGGUGAAGAGGCAGAGGACGCCGGCGAAGAAGGCGGGGCCUCCUAAAAAAAGAGCCAAGAAGGAAAUUUCAGACGAGUCGGAAUCUGAGGCCGAGGAGAAGCCUAAAAAGAAGAAAUCGGCUCCGGCCAAACCUGCAGCUAAAACCAAGAAGGCCGACAGCAGCAGCAACAGCAAGAACAACACAAACACAGCGGAGGACAGCUCAGACGACGACGAGCCGCUCAUCAAGAUGAUCAAGAAAGCGCCGACCGACGAGCAGCUGAAGGAGACGGUGCAGAGCCUGCUGAAGGAGGCCGACCUGGAGGAGAUGACCAUGAAGCAGAUCUGUCAGAGGGUGUUUGACACUUAUCCAGACCACGACCUGACCAGCAAGAAGGACUACAUCAAACAGACUGUCAAGUCUCUCAUCACAUGAAGCCUGCAGGAUGAAGAAGAAACGACUCGGUCUUCUUCAGUUACAUAUCACUUUGUUUUCUAACUCAACUCUUUUCUACAUGAUUGUGUUUUUUAUGAAUGUGUGAGUGGUGUAUAGAUUCUCAGAUUAACGUUCAUGUUCACUCCUUCAUGAGGAAAGAAGAGGAAGUGGUCGUCUCUCUUUGAUUCUGGAUGAACAUUCUGUAAAUAUGUUUGUGAUGAUGUGAAGAGAUGUUUCUGUUUCCUUUGUUCUGUCUUCAGUUUAAAAAGCUCACUGACUAAUUUAGUAAUUAAAAGGAAACUUUUCAAACAAAA